UUUAGCCUGUUCAGAGCUCUGCUUGCUUGAUGGUGAAGGCACGUUAAAACGUUUUCUUGAUAUUCUACCAUACAUCCAGCUAUCAUGCCAUAUUUGACAGCGCUAAUGCAAUGUCAAAUUGCUUUUGUUUUGUUUUGAAAACUGGAAAUAUAAUUGCCGCGCAGCGUCGGAGGAAUAUUUUAGCUAGAUCGUAUAAUUUCUCAGAUAUACAAUGCUGCCGCUAUCUUUACUGAAAACAGCACAGAGUCAUCCUAUGUUGGUGGAGCUGAAAAAUGGCGAAACAUACAACGGACACCUGGUGAGCUGUGACACCUGGAUGAAUAUUAAUCUGCGGGAGGUCAUCUGCACUUCAAAGGAUGGUGAUAAGUUUUGGCGUAUGCCGGAAUGCUAUAUCCGGGGCAGCACGAUCAAGUAUCUGCGCAUCCCGGAUGAAGUAAUUGACAUGGUGAAGGAGGACAUGCAGUCAAAGUCACGCAGCCGGGCCGAAAUGAACAAGGGUGGACGGAACCAAAAUCAGGGUGGUCGCGGAGGUGGCGGUGGCGGUGGUGGUGGUAGUGGCGCUGGUGGAGGUGGAGGUGGUGGGCGAAACAAUAUGAACGCCAACAAUCGGAACACCUUCGGUGGCAAUCGUGGCGGCAAUCGGGCCGGUCUGGGGAACCCAAAUCGAAAUGUUCAGAACAAGAAAUAAAAGGCUGCAAACGCGUGGAAUUGGUUUAGUGGAAAA